GGGCUUUUUGUUCUGUAGCUGCUGAAGGCGCAGCCUGGACUGUAGUUUCCCGGGAGAGGAAAGCAGAAACGGGAGCAGAGCGCAGUCGUCUGAGCAUCAGCUCCCGCAUCCCGCCAAGGGUUGCAGGUGUGUGGGAGGAUUGAAACUAUUCCAACAUGGCUUUCCUUGGACUUUUCUCUUUGCUGGUUCUGCAAAGUCUGGCCGGAGGGGCCACUCUCCCUGAUGAAACCAUUGCGGACUUGUCAGUGAAUAUGUAUAAUAACCUCCGAGCCACUGGGGAAGAUGAAAAUAUUCUUUUCUCUCCAUUGAGCAUCACCCUUGCAAUGGGAAUGAUGGAACUUGGUGCCCAAGAAUCUACCCUGAAAGAAAUUCGUCACUCAAUGGGAUAUGACAGCCUGAAAGCUGGUGAAGAAUUUUCUUUCCUGAAGGAACUUUCUAACAUGGUAACUGCUGAAAAGAGCCAGUAUGUGAUGAAAAUUGCCAAUUCCCUCUUUGUGCAAAAUGAAUUUCACGUCAACGAAAAGUUUUUGCAAAUGAUGAAAAAAUAUUUUAACGCGGAAGUGAAUCACGUGGACUUCAGUGAAAAUAUUGCUGUGGCCAACCACAUCAAUAAGUGGGUGGAGAAUAACACAAAUAGUCUGUUGAAAGAUUUGGUGUCCCCAAGAGAUUUUGACUCCGUCACUCAUCUGGCCCUCAUCAGUGCUGUCUAUUUCAAGGGUAACUGGAAGUCACAAUUUAGACCCGAAAACACUAGAACCUUUUCCUUCACUAAAGAUGAUGAAAGUGAAGUUCAAAUUCCAAUGAUGUAUCAACAAGGAGAAUUUUAUUAUGGGGAAUUCAGUGAUGGUUCCAAUGAAGCCGGUGGUAUCUACCAAGUCCUAGAAAUACCAUACGAGGGAGAUGAGAUAAGUAUGAUGCUGGUGUUGUCCAGACAGGAAGUUCCACUGGCCGCUCUGGAGCCACUGGUCAAAGCACAGCUGAUUGAAGAAUGGGCAAACUCUGUGAAGAAGCAAAAAGUGGAAGUGUACCUGCCCAGGUUCACAGUGGAACAGGAAAUUGAUUUAAAAGAUGUUUUGAAGGCUCUUGGAAUAACUGAAGUUUUCAACAAAAAUGCAAAUUUGACAGCCCUGUCUGAGAGCAAAGAGAUUUUCCUUUCCAAAGCAAUUCACAAGUCCUUCGUCGAGGUUAAUGAAGAAGGCUCCGAGGCCGCUGCCACCUCAGGAAUGAUUGCAAUUAGUAGGAUGGCGGUGCUGUAUCCUCAAGUCAUUGUGGACCAUCCAUUUUUCUUUCUUAUCAGGAACAGGAGGACAGGUACAAUCCUAUUCAUGGGACGAGUCAUGCACCCUGAAACAAUGAACACGAAUGGACAUGAUUUUGAGGAACUUUAAGUCGUUUCACUUGAAUAACAAGAAAAAAAUAGUAACUAAGCACAUGAUGUUUGCAACUGGUAUAUAUUUAAGAUUCGUGUUUUACAGUAUAUCUUAAGAUAAUAUUUAAACUCACUCCAUAUAAAGACAGUAUGUAAAUUAUAAGCCAGCUUGUCAAGGAAUGUUAUCAGUAUUAUUGAGGUCAUGGCCUUGUCCUGUCGUUGUGUUUGUUGUAUCGGUAAUUAAAAUAAAAGUACAUGUGGACAUGUGGACAGCUCUGCUUUUCAUUUUAGAAGUUAUAGUGUAAAGAUUCCUCUAGGUGACAUCUGGAAGCAGUGAGGUUUCUGGACAUCUUAAAUCUUUUAUAAUCAUGCAGAUUCAAUGCACCAAAGUACAUUAGCACUGUACACUUAUACAUAACAAGCAGCAACAAGUGAAAUGAAGACAGGUACUCCACAAAACUUCGGGCUGUUUUUUCCUCCGAAAAUGGUGUACGGUGUAAUAUAAAAGUGUGCCAACUGACCAUCUUCUGUAUGGCUCCAUGAUGAAAUGGGUUAGAAAAAAAUAGGGCUGUGCAAACCCGUAGCUUAUAGCUCUGGUUUAUUGACCCAUGUCUUUCAAAAUAUCCCCCUGGCAUCAGAAGGCUUAUGCAGCUAACCCACCUAGUAUAUCACCAUGUUUUGAUGCUGCAAGUAAAACCCAAGCUACAACCAAGUUCUCAAAAGUCCCACAGUGAACCAUGCAAGCAAAUUAGUAACAAAAAUAUGCUCUAUGGUAUAUCUGUGACCAAAAAAUU